CAGUGUUUACCAGAUGGUCCACAGUCUGUUGGCGGACGUGCGCGUGCCAGCAGCCGGCGGCAGCGGGGAAGGCUCCUGACAGCUGCCACUGCCUCGCCGCUCACUGCCGGGUCGCGGGUUCGAAGCCAGUCCACAAGCACAGACGAGUCGCGACAUGUCGGCCGCCAUGCUGGCCCGUGGACUGUGCCGCUUCCUGGUGUACACUCCGCCUGUGAGGAGGAGGGCGUCGCCCACGGCUGCCCUCUUGGUCUCCAGGAGCCUGGCUACCCCCACCACUGCCGCCCCCGGCGUCCUGAGGUCGCCCUACCCAGACGUCGACAUCCCCGACGUGCCGUUCUACGAGUACGCCUGGAGGCACCUCGACCGAUAUCCUGACAGGGUCGCCAUGGAGUGCGCAGUGACUGGUCGCCGCUACACGUACGCCCAGCUGAGAACGGCCUCCCGGAGGUUCGCGGCAGCCCUCCAGAAGGCUGGCCUGGGCCCGGGCCACGUGCUUUUCGUGCUGCUCCCUAACUGCCCCGAAUUCCUGGCCAUCGUCCUCGGUGCCAAUGAGGCGGGCGUCUCCAUCGCCACGUGCAACCCUGCCUACACCACUGGGGAGAUGAGCCGACAACUACGGGACUGCCGACCCUCUGCGGCAGUGACGACCCCCGAGCUCACUCCGUCGCUGUCCAGCGCCUUCCAGGAGGCGCGCCUGGAACCGCCAAAGUUGCUGGUCACCGUGGGGGUGGCCUACUCCAGCACCCAGCCUACAUCAGGAGCCACUCCAGAGGGGGCGGUGGACUUCUGCCAGCUGGUGGGGGACGCCAACCUGGACGGAGCCCUGAGGCCGGAGCACACGGGCCCUGACCACCUCUUCCUGCUGCCCUACUCCAGCGGCACCACGGGGCUGCCCAAGGGCGUCAUGCUGUCCAACCGCAACCUGGUCGCCAACGUGCAGCAGACGGCGUACCCCCGCGUGCAGGUGCUCGACGUCGACGCCAGUGGGGUGUGCGAGCCGGGAAAUGUGGUGCCGGUCGUGCUGCCGAUGUACCACCUGUACGCCCUGGCGCUCAUCAUGCUGCAGAAGGUGUGUGCCGGAGCCACCAUGGUGUGCAUGCCCAAGUUCGAGCCCGCUCUCUUCCUCGACGUUUUGGCCAAGCACAAGGCGACGCUGCUGUACCUGGUGCCUCCCAUGGUGCUGUUCCUGGCCGGCCACCCGUCCGUCAAGAAGAGCCACCUGCAGACCGUGCGUCGCGCCGUCUCGUCCGCCGCCCCAGUGGGGGAGAAGGACAUCGCCCGGUUCUUCGAGAGGGCGCCCGCCAGUCUCAAGUUCUUCCAAACUUACGGUAUGACGGAAACUUCACCGACCACGAUUCUGCCGGACAGAGACGUCGAGAGCUAUACCACAGUAGGCAAACCAGUACCAAACACUUUGAUCAAAGUCGUAAGUACUGACACCUCCGAAGUUCUCGGACCCAACCAACCUGGAGAAAUUGUUGUGAAGGGGCCACAGGUGAUGCUAGGGUACUACAAUAACCCCAAAGCGACAGCGGAGACCAUCAGAGGUGACGGCUGGAUACACACAGGAGACAUCGGCUACUACGACGCAGACUCCAACUUCUUCAUCGUGGACAGGCUGAAGGAACUCAUCAAAGUCAAGGGCUUUUCGGUCGCCCCCGCGGAACUGGAGGAGAUCCUGCGCAGCCACCCCUCCAUAGAGGAGGCGGCGGUGGUCGGCGUCCGGCACGACAGGUUCGGAGAGGCGCCCAAGGCGUUCGUCGUGCCCAGGAAGGGCGCGCAGGGCAGCCUCAGGCCGGAGCACGUGCUGCAGUUCGUCGAGGGCAAGGUGGUGGAGUACAAGAGGCUGGCGGGAGGCGUGGAGUUUGUGGACGCCAUUCCCAAGAAUCCCUCCGGGAAGCUGCUGCGGCGAGUUCUGAGGCAGCAGGCGCAGUGAACUGCGAGGCGGGCAGACGAUGGCAGCCACACCACGACACGACCGCUC